ACAGAGUGAAGUGCCGGAGGCAGAUGUUGUCUGAGGUUUAGUAACUGUGUUACAAGUGUUACUCUAAUUGUAAGCCCGGGGAAAGCAUUUAGAGGAUUUUUGUAAAGAAGAACAAAUAGAUUUGUAGCUCGGUGUUUUUUCUUUUUCUUUUCAUUUUUUUUUUUCUGUUUCUUUAUCCGCUCUGUUUCCAAACAUGGUUUCUUGCGUGGCAAUUGUCAUCACGGUAAUUGGUGCCGUGAUAGCCGUCGCUGGUGGUCUCGUUGGAUAUCUUGUUAUACCCGAUAUCAUCGAUGAACGAGUCGAAGAGUCUGUGAAGCUGGUGGAGGGUUCGGACGCGUUUGAAAGAUGGCAAAAUGUGCCGGUACCAGUUUUAUAUAAAAUUUACUUCUUCAACGUGAGCAAUCCGGAUGAUGUACAGAAUGGAUUGCAGCCAAUUGUCGAGGAAAUCGGCCCUUACGUUUACAAGCAGUACAGAACGAAGAUAAAUAUCGCAGCGGCGGAUGAUGUGCUUUCCUAUUAUCAGCACCAGCUUUACGAAUUCGACGAGGAAGCGUCGGCACCGUUAACGGAAUACGAUGACAUAACUGUCGUUAAUUUACCCCUCAUGUCGAUUGCAACGGUGGCAGAGUACAACUCAGGAUCGACUCUUCUUUCCCAACUGACUCAAUUGAACUCGGCUAUCUCAACGAUCUUCCAAAGUCCAACCUCUGUAUUCGUGACCACGACACCGAGGGACUUCCUCUUCGACGGUGUCUACGUAUACUGCAACUCCACCGGCAUCAUCAACAGCCUUGUAUGCAAUCAAAUUGAGAAUUAUGCCCCGGUAACGAUGCCUCGCCUGUCGGACGGCCGGUUCAAGUUCUCUCUCUUAAGCCAUAAAAAUGACACAAACGACGGUUACUACUCGAUCAACAGCGGUCUGAACGACGUUUCUCAGCUGGGAGAAAUCCUUGCCUGGGAAAACUCAAGCGUCUUGGAUACUUGGGGUGAAGACGGUACUUGUAACGACAUAGUCGGUUGCGAUGCGAGUCUUUAUCCACCUUUCCGAACCCAAGGAUCAAGCGUGAACAUUUUCAGCACCGAUAUCUGCAGGUCAGUGAGGGUCGACUUUUCGGAGGUAUCCAGUUUCUCCGGCAUCGAGAGUUACAAAUACGAGGUUGGCAAAGACAUGCUCUCAUCGCCGUUAACAAAUCCGGAAAACCAAUGCUUCUGCCUAAAUCGUACCCAGGGAAUAAGAGGCACCGACGGCUGUCUGUUGGACGGCGCUAUGGAGCUUUGGGACUGUCAAGGUGCACCGGUCGUUCUUUCACAUCCUCAUUUCUACCUUGCGGACGAAUCGUACCAAAAUGGCGUCGAUGGACUUAGCCCGAACAGAUCCUUGCACGAAAUCUUCUUGGAAUUGGAACCGAUAACUGGAACUCUUCUCCGUGGAAGCAAAAGAGUGCAAUUCAACAUCUUCCUCAGACCAAUCUCGCGCAUUAGUUUGACGACUAAUCUGCCCACUACACUGAUGCCUAUUGUAUGGAUCGACGAGAGCAUCGAAUUGACCGACGAAUUGAUCGAUGAACUAAACGCAAGUCUUUUCGACGUCUUGGAUCUCGUUAAUACUAUCUUAUGGGGUGUCAUAGCCGGUGGGGCGGUUUUGUUCGUGAUUGGAUUUGUCUGGAUGCUAAUAUCCUGCUGCCGGUCUCGAUCAGCACCUGCUAACAAAGUGGGUUCAUAAUCUACGCUCGUAUAUUUUUAUCUGUUGUAUAAAUACGUUUAAAGAGUCAAAAUUUUUUUUUUUUUACCUCUAGUAUAUUAAUUAUUAAAUUUAUUAUUAAAAUCCUCUUCCGUAUAAUGAUGAUAAUAAUAACGAUAAUACUAUAAGUAUUUACCGCUGUGCUAAUGUAAUGAAAAAAUGUUCCAUUUUGGAUUAACUAAAUUGUUAUAUACUACGUUAUAGUAGAAACAUGUUAUUGUGUAUCGUCACUGUAAGAGAAACGUAUUAUAAAAGUUCUACACGAUUUCCGAAGAAA